ACUCUGGUAGCUAUAGCUUAUUCGAUCAAGGUUAGAAAAAGUUACUGUAAUCGAACUGAUGGAACAGUUCGAAACCGAAUUUUAAAUAAAUUAGCGUUAAAUAAAGGGGAGUUACAAUAUGUCAUUGGCAAUAAGACGUUUGAAUCCAACUGCUUUGCAGAAAUGGAUCUACUCGAUGUCUGGAUUUAAUCAGUAUGGUUUAAUGCGAGAUGAUAUUCUUUAUAUAACCCCCGAGGUGGAUGAGGCACUAAGACGAUUACCCAAACACCUGUUAGACGAACGUAAUUUCCGGAUCAUCAGAGCCAUGCAGGUAGAUUCUGGAAGGAGAGUCUUACCAAAGGAACAGUGGACCAAAUUGGAAGAUGAUGUGCUAUACCUUCAUCCAUAUUUGGAGGAAGUAUUACAAGAAAAGGCAGAAAGAGAAAAAUGGAAUGCAGAGUAAAGUAUAACUACUUUAUAGCAUCUCUAGUUUGUAACCUAAAAAUAUUGGUUGGUAUAUGUAAUAUAUAAAUUGAAUAAAUCAUACUUAUUGUUCAAAUUA